GGCUCUGAUCGCCUUCUCCAUCCGAGCGCCAGCAAGUGCGGCGGAGGCGGUGGCCAUGCUCGCGGGCACUGAGGAGGCGGCGACGGCGGAACGCGAGGUCGCGGAGCUGCAGUGCCGCGUGGCCAUAGAGGAGCUGAGCCCGGGCGGACAGCCGCGGAGGCGCCAGGCCCUGCGCCGCGCUGAGCUGAGCCUGGGCUGCAACGAGCGUCGCGAGCUGCUUCUGCGGCUGCGCGCGCCGGGCCCCGCGGGGCGGUCUCGUUGCUUCCCCCUGCGCGCCGCGCGUCUCUUCACGCGCUUCGCUGCUGCCGGACGCAGCGCGCUGCGGCUCCCCGACCCUGGCGCCGUGCGGGCGGGUGCCACGCAGCUGCUGCUCUCCGACUGCCCUCCAGAGCGCCUGCGCCGCUUCCUGCGCACGCUGCGACUCAAGCUGGCCGCAGCCCCCGGGCCAGCACCCGCCUCCGCGCGUGCGCAGCUGCUCGGCCCACGGCCCAGCGACUUCAUCUCCAUCAGCCCAGUGCAGCCCGAGGAGCUGCGGCGUGCGGCCGCUACUCGCGCUCCCAAUAAGCCGCGGUCGGAGGAGCAGGCCCCAGCCAAGCCCAGCACGGGAGUUCCUCCGUGGCCGCAGCCGGUGAAGAGGCUGAGCCUGCCCCCCAGCAAGCCACAGCUGUCGGAGGAGCAGGCUGCCGUGCUGAGGCUCGUUCUGAGAGGCCAGAGCAUCUUCUUCACCGGGAGUGCAGGGACUGGGAAGUCCUACCUGCUGAAGCGCAUCCUGGGAUCGCUGCCUCCCACGGGCACUGUGGCCACUGCCAGCACAGGGGUGGCAGCCUGCCACAUUGGGGGUACCACCCUUCACACCUUUGCAGGCAUUGGCUCGGGCCAGGCCCCCCUGGCCCAGUGCAUAGCUCUGGCCCAGCGGCCAGGCGUGCGGCAAGGCUGGCUGAGCUGCCAACGGCUGGUUAUUGACGAGAUCUCCAUGGUGGAGGCGGACCUGUUUGAUAAGCUGGAGGCUGUGGCCAGAGCUGUGCGGCAGCAGGAGAAGCCAUUUGGAGGGAUCCAGCUCAUCAUCUGUGGGGACUUCCUGCAGCUACCCCCGGUCACCAAGAGCUCCCAGCCCCCUCGCUUCUGCUUCCAGGCCAAGAGCUGGAGUCGUUGUGUUCCUGUGACCCUGGAGCUGACUGAGGUGUGGAGGCAGGCAGACCCCACCUUCAUCUCCCUGCUGCAGGCUGUGAGGCUGGGCAGGUGCUCCGAUGAGGUGACCCAGCAACUCAGGGCUACAGCUGCCCACAAGGUGGGGCGAGAUGGCAUCGUGGCCACAAGACUGUGCACCCACCAGGACGAUGUCGCGCUCACCAACGAGAGGCGGCUGCAGGAGCUGCCAGGGAAGGUGCACAACUUCGAGGCUCUGGACAGCCACCCUGAGCUCGCUCGGACCCUGGAUGCCCAGUGUCCUGUGGGCCAGCUCCUGCGGCUAAAGCUGGGCGCGCAGGUGAUGCUAGUGAAAAAUCUGGCGAUGUCACGAGGCCUGGUGAACGGCGCCCGAGGGGUGGUGGUGGGGUUCGAGGCUGAGGGCAGAGGGCUGCCCCAGGUGCACUUCCUGUGCGGUGUUACCGAGGUUAUCCAUGCAGACUGCUGGACGGUGCAGGCCACAGGGGGCCAGGUCCUCAGCCGGCGGCAGCUGCCCCUUCAGCUGGCCUGGGCACUGUCCAUCCACAAGAGCCAGGGCAUGUCUCUGGACUGUGUGGAGAUCUCCCUGGGCAGGGCGUUUGCCAGCGGUCAAGCCUAUGUUGCCCUCUCCCGGGCCCGCAGCCUGCAGGGUCUGCGGGUGUUGGACUUUGACCCCUUGGUGGUCCACUGUGAUGCCCGUGUGCUGCAUUUCUACGCCACCUUGCGGCGGGCCAGGUGCCUCAGGCUGGAGUCCCAGGAGGAGGAACCAGGCUCAGACCAGGAGAACACAGACCCAAACCGCUGAGCUGCUGCAAAGGGGAGACCGUGCUGGAGGGACCCAGCUCCCUGCACCCUAGGGAACAACUGAGGGGACCUGAUGUCCUUUCUCCACCCCUCAGGGGUAUCGAGGCAGGGUUAAAGGAUAGGGCUUCUUGCCUACUUACCAGCAGGGCUAAUUGCUCCCUGCCCUGGGCUCAGAAGUCACCCUUUCUGUGCCCACUGGGAACAGGCCUGGGCUGGUACCCAGCAGCAGAGGAAAAGCUGUGUUCAAGAGCUGGCCGCAGAGCCAUGGCGUGCUGUACACUCCUCUCUGGGCUGCAGAGGGAUAAGCAGGGCAGAUAGCUGCUUUGGGACUGCCAGCCUCUCCUGGGGGCUAUGCUUGUGAGUUUUCUGCUGCUGUAACAAACACUAGAGGGCAGGGAAUGAUACAAAGAAAAGAGGUUUACUUGGUGCACAUUCUCCAGGGUCAGGAGCAUGGUGCCUGCGCCCAUUUGGCUCUGGUGGGACUGUGUGUCACACAGGACAGGGGUACAUAUGAGUGGGGUCACAGGGGAUGCAAGAAAAGGGCCAUGAGACAACCUGGGCAUGGUGGUACACACCUGCAAUCCCAGCGUUUGGGAGGCUGAGGCAGGAGGAUCAAGAGUCUAGUCUUGGCCUGAGUAAUUUAAUGACUACUUAGUGAGAGCCUAUCU